AUGUUCAUCGUUUUCUUCGACAUCCGUCAUAUUGUGCAUCGCGUAUUUCCCCCCCGGGGCCAGACCGUCAACCGAGAUUUCUACUUCAUUCUUUUCUUUUUUCAUUCGUUCUUUUUUACAGUCAUUUUUUUCAUUUUUCAGUCAUUCUUUUCAUUUUUUAGUCAUUCUUUUCUUUUUUCAUUCGUUCUUUUUUACAGUCAUUUUUUUCAUUUUUCAGUCAUUCUUUUCAUUUUUAGUCAUUCUUUUCUUUUUUUCAUUCGUUCUUUUUUACAGUCAUUUUUUUCAUUUUUCAGUCAUUCUUUUCAUUUUUUAGUCAUUCUUUUCUUUUUUCAUUCUCAUUCUUUUCAUUUUUUAGUCAUUCUUUUCUUUUUUCAUUCGUUCUUUUUUACAGUCAUUUUUUUCAUUUUUCAGUCAUUCUUUUCAUUUUUUAGUCAUUCUUUUCUUUUUUCAUUCGUUCUUUUUUACAUCAUUCUUUUCUUUUUUCAUUCGUUCUUUUUUACAGUCAUUUUUUCAUUUUCAGUCAUUCUUUUCAUUUUUAGUCAUUCUUUUUUUUUUUCAUUCGUUCUUUUUACAGUCAUUUUUUCAUUUUUCAGUCAUUCUUUUCAUUUUUUUAGUCAUUCUUUUCUUUUUUCAUUCGUUCUUUUUACAUCAUUCUUUUCUUUUUUCAUUUGUUCUUUUUUACAGUCAUUGUUUUCAUUUUUCAGUCAUUCUUUUCAUUUUUUAGUCAUUCUUUUCUUUUUUCAUUCGUUCUUUUUUACAGUCAUUUUUUUCAUUUUUCAGUCAUUCUUUUCAUUUUUUAGUCAUUCUUUUCAUUUUUUAGCCAUUCUUUUCUUUUUAAUUCGUUUCUUUUUUCAGUCAUUCUUUUCUUUUUUUACAGAUAUUCUUUUAUUAUUAGUCAUUCUUUUCUUUUUUCAUUCAUUCUUUUCUCUUUCUUUUCUUUUAUCUAUCAUUCUAUUUCUUCUUUUCUUUUCUCAGUCAUUCCUUUCUUCUUUCUGUAAUUCUUUUCCUUUUUAA